UGAGAUCCAAUGGUACGUGGCAUUGUCUGUCAGAGACUUGGCGCAGUCACGCGCCACCAGGCGGCGUGAAACCACGCCGCAUGUCCUCCAACGAGCACCUGGAGCAAGUGAGAGAAAGCUACUGGCUUUAAUUGUCUCCAAAUUUCCCCACGAUCACAAAUAACAGCUUGAAUUUUGUUCCUUCUUGCUUGAUUAAUUUUAAUUCCGAGGAAAAAUGUUAGGACCUGUUUGGUUGCUCGGAAAAUUUCACUGAGAGAUUCUGGUUUCUGUCUAGAGUUUGAAACUUGCAGAGUUAAUUUCAAUGGCGAAGGAAGCUCGGAAUGUGAGGAGCCCUCAUUUUUUUGCGUUUUAUUCUGCUGAUUUGAGCUCCGAAAGACUGAAAAUCCCGGAUAGAUUUAUGAGGCACAUGGAAGGCAGAACGUCCGGGUUAGUUUUGUUGUUUGGUCCUAGCGGCAGUGCGUGGAGUGUUGAAUUGAUUCAACAGAAUGGUGGUUUGUUCUUGCAUCAUGGGUGGCCGGCAUUUGUGAGAGACCAUUAUGUGGAAUGUGGUGACUUCUUGGUUUUUAGCUACGACGCUGAUUUGUGUUUCACCGUGCUAAUUUUCGAUCAAAGUGCGUGCGAGAAAGAGGCUGCAUUUCGUUUUGGAUACGGCCAAGACUCUCGCAACUUUGAAAAGUGUAAGUAUGUGGGACGAAAAAGGGGAAGGGAGGAAGCCGCAUCAUCUGGCUAUAAGCUGGUUGAUGGUGCGGCGAAGAAGGUGAGAAACGGCUUGUCUCAACUCCAGUCAGAAUGCAUUGAUGAGGGCCGAGAAGACGCAACUUGUUCGAAGGAAACGAAUCCUCAUGAAAAGCCUGGUUUGGAUGUUGUUCCAAAUACAGCAAAGGCAUCGAUCCAAAAUAUGUGUGGAAUAGGAGAUGGAUUAAAUGUUAGUGGUAGAGUUUGUAUGCAGAUGUCAUCAGCACAUGAAGUAGCUCCAGUGUUUAGCUCCUCUAACCCUUAUUUCGUGAGAAUCAUAAAAAGUUUCAACAUCAGUGGUUCAUAUACUCUGAAUAUCCCGUAUAAAUUUUCAGUGGCACAUUUACCAAACUGCAAAGUAAAGAUUGUCCUUCAAAAUUGGAAAGGAGAAAGUUGGACUGUCAAUUCUGUGCCAAGUACUAGAGUGCACACAAGUCAUACUCUCUGUGGAGGAUGGAUGGCGUUUGUUCGUUGUAAUGACAUACAACUGGGAGAUAUCUGCAUUUUUGAACUUGUGCGUGAGUGUGAAUUCCGUGUCCACAUUCAAAAGGGAGAAACAUCUAGUUGGUUAAGUCCGGGGCAAGCUGUUACUACACAUAAAACUAUCAAAGGCUUGUCAAAGAAAAUUAAAGGGAACUCUCCCAAAGUCCAUUCAAAGAGCAUAAGAGAGAUAGCUGAUAAACUAUCAUCAAAGAUGUAUCAAGAUCCUGCUUUCGUUAAUGAUACAAGGAAAUAUGGCAGCACAUCAAGAUCUCUUACUAAAGUUGCACUCUCUCAGUCAAAAGUUGCCAGUAAAAAGUUGGUUAAUCGCAGGAAAAAAGUUGUUGAAGAUGAACUAGAUUCACAAAAAAGGGGUUUGAGAAUCAAGUUAACACUUGAUGAAGAAAGAGUAGCUCGAUCGUUCACUUCGUGUUUCCCGAAUUUUGUGAAAAUCAUGAAGAAGUUCAACAUCAGUGGAUCGUAUACAUUGAAAGUCCCUUACCAGUUUUCCACAGAAUACCUCCCCAACUAUAAAACAGAGAUUCUGCUUCGAAACUCAAAGGGGGGAUGUUGGACUGUGAACUCUGUCCCAGACUCAAAGGGGCGCGUGGUGCAUACUUUUUGUGGAGGGUGGAUGGCGUUUGUACGCGGAAAUGACAUCAACUUUGGAGAUGUUUGCAUAUUUGAGCUUGUUGGUAAGGAUGAAAUGCAAGUGCACAUUUCCGGUGUUGGUAAAACGGGGUUUGACCAUCUAGGCGGACAAGCAACAUCUGAUGUAGUAUAGCGGUCGUGCAAUCUACUGGAAAUAUACCUUCUCUCUGACACAUGAUCCAGCUCAACCAUCCCUAAAUACAUGUUAUAUGGUGAGCUUUCCUAUUUGCAUUUUGUUUUUCUCUGAUUGCGUUCUUCAUGUCAUGGCGACUGCUAACUAAAUAUUGGUGAGUGUUGUCAUCUACAACCUAAAUCAUCCCUUCCUGUGAUGAACAUGAAUGUCAAUAGAACUGCACUGAACAUUUUUGUGA